UAAAUACCACUCUCUGUUGUAUGGCCCAUCUUUCGACUAGUAAAUAGCUGGACUCCUCGGGAUCUAAGUUGUCCUGUGCAACACUCAGUUUGGCGAGUGUGUGGUCAGAACCAACCCGUGGACAUUGCGUGUGAGUAAACAUUAAGCCGAUAUGGUAUCUCAGGGGAUUCAGAUGAUAGGCAUCGUUAUGUCCGUGAUUGGCUGGUUGAUGGUCAUUAUCGCGUGCGCUCUGCCCAUGUGGAAGGUCACUGCCUUUAUCGGAGCCAACAUCGUCACGGCUCAAGUCAUCUGGGAGGGCAUGUGGAUGAACUGUGUGGUCCAGAGCACGGGCCAGAUGCAGUGUAAGGUCUACGACUCCAUGCUGGCUCUACCACAGGACCUCCAGGCUGCCAGAGCCAUGACCAUCAUUUCCAUCCUGACCGGUUUUGUUGGCAUCUGCCUGUCGAUGGCUGGAGGGAAAUGCACCAAUUGCAUAACGGAGGAGGGAUCCAAGGCUAAAGCCUGUAUCUUGGCUGGAGUCCUCUACAUUACCUCUGGCAUACUCAUCCUUAUUCCAGUGUCCUGGUCAGCCAACACCAUCAUCAGGGAUUUCUACAACCCCAUGCUGAUCGAGGCCCAGAGGAGGGAACUGGGGACCUCUCUGUACGUUGGCUGGGGGGCUGCAGCACUGCUGCUUAUGGGAGGAGGGAUGCUCUGCUGGAACUGCCCCCCGAAGCAGAAUCACCAUUACCCGACCAAGUUCGCGCCGGUCAGAUCCGCCUCUGGAACCAUGCAAAACGUCUGAGAUGGUCGUAUCAAGACAGAGAACACAAUAUUCGAAUGACUCAUCCAACAGUUCUUCUGGAAAGGAUUAGUUGAGUUCAAAAUUGUAAUAAUAUGAUUGUAAGAAUUGGUUUGUAUUUCAUGUAUUCUUUGACACAUAAAAAGUGACACAUUAUA